UUUAUUAUUAUUAUUUAUUUUAAGACAGGUGCUCACGUAGCUCAGGAUAGCCGAAAACUUCAAUAUGUAGCUAAGGAUGACCUACAUUUUUUUUUAAGAUUUACUUUUACGUGUGUGUGUGUGUGUGUGUGUGUGUGUGUGUGUGUGUGUGUGUGUGUAAGCGCGCGCGCACGGCGGCGGUGCAUGUAUAUAUGUGUGCCUCGUGCCCGCGGAGGCCAGAAGAGGGCGUCGGAUUCGCUGAAUCGGGAGUUAUGGACGACUGUCAGUCACCUUGUGGCUGGCGGAAACUGAACCCCGGUCUUUUGGAAUAACGGCUGAGCCAUCCUCUCCAGCUCCGACCUAGAGGCCGGGCGUCUCCGGGGAGCGCGUCUGCACCCGCGACCUUCCUUUUCAUCUGACCACGCGGCUUCCGGCAGCAGACGCCAAGCUCCUAUUUCCUCCCCACUCCGUGUUUUGACCGCGAGGGAAGCUGUGAACUAUAGCCAAUGAGGCGUCGGUGUGGGCGGGCCCGGCGUGAGAACGCACCCCUGAUUGGUCGGCGGUGCUUGGCAAAUGGCGGAGGCGCUGAGGCGGGUGCUGAACGCAGGCCGCGCGGCCGGGCCCGGGGCGGAGGGAGCUGCCGGGCCGCCACUGCUGCUGCUAGGCGCUCCGCGUUCCGCGCAGACGUCGCUGCUGUUUGCGACGGCCCUGGAGGCGGCGGGGGAAGGCCGCGGGCCUGUGCUCUUCCUGACACGAAGGCCGCUUCAGAGCCUGCCGCUCAACACACCCGCGGCGCGGGACCACUGGCGGCUGCAGGUUCGAUUCCAGUACCCAUCCUCAGUUCCAGAGCUUCUCCAGCUGUUAGCCUCUGCCCACGAGGCCCCAGGGCCUGCGCCAUCCCUUCUGCUGCUGGACGGCCUGGAAGAAUACCUAGCAGAGGAUUCGGGGGCCCAGGAGGCCGCCUACGUGGCUGCAUUGCUUCUGGAUACUGCUGCCUACUUCAGCCACCGUCUGGGAGGCAGUGGCAGCUGUGGGCUUGUGGUGGCCCUUGAGACCCCCAGAGAAGGAGACGGUGAUGCCCCACAUCUGACAUUGCUUCAGCGGUAUUUUCCUGCACAGUGCUGGCUGCAGCCAGAUGCCCUAGGCUUGGGACGGCAGCACUGCCUUCGAGCCAGCCUGGAGUCGGGCCAGCUGAGCCCCAGGAUGGAGUGGUCAGUGACCUUCUUACCCAAUGGAGGGAUGACAGUCACCCCCUGGCCUACACAGGCUUCUAAGCCCAGCCCAGAUAAAAAAGGUCCAAGUGCUGGAAGCCAGUCAUUAACUUUGGUGUACGACAACCUCUCUGGUCCUCAGUUUCCCUUGGAUAGCAUACUUACUUCAGGGACAGGCGCAGAUUCAAAGACCUGAAAAGUGUAGUUUUUUUUUCUUUGUAAACUAGCGUUGUUGGGGGCUGGCAAGGUGACUCAGUAGUUAAGGGGCCUUGCCAACAAGCAUGAUGGCCUGGCUUUGAUUCCCGGGAUCCACGUGGUAGAAAUCUAGACCUGACUCCUGCAAGUUGUCCUCUGGCCUCCACGUUUGGGUAGAGGCACACACAUGCCCUCCAUGCUAAUAAUAAUAAAUAAUAAAACCUUUAAAAUAAGUA